GAAACGGAAGCGAGAGUAGGGGGGCGUGUUUAGCAGAGGACGCACCGUCCCCGUUGGGUUUUCAGUUCAGUGUUUCUCCGCGAUGUUUCCAAGAGUCUCGGCGGUCUUACCUCUUCGCCCUCUUUCCCGCCUCCCUUUGUGCUCCGGAGGCCCGGAGGCAUCGGCGGCUGCGGUCGUGGUACUCGGUUCUCCGCACACAACGUUCAGGACAAAAAAUAAUAUCCAAAGAUAUUUUGGCACUAACAGCGUGAUCUAUAGCAAGAAAGAUGAGAAGUCUGUUCCAACCCAUGAGACUUCCAAGGAGACAGAGAGCCAAGAGAGUGUGAAGGAGACUACGAAGAAAGACUUGAUAAAUAUUAUUAAGGGCAUGAAAGUUGACUUAAGCACAGUAAAUGUACAAACAACAAAGCCACCCAACAGAAGGCAACUUAAAAGUUUGGAGGCUACAGUUGGCAGACCUCAUAAAGCUCCCAUAGAUGCCCCCCAAAAGAGAAGUGAGUCCCUGAGCCCUGAGUUGGUGGCGGCCGCAUCUGCUGUUGCAGACUCUCUCCCUUUUGACAAGCAGACAACCAAGUCGGAGCUGCUCAAGCAGCUACAGCAGCAUGAGGAAGCCUCGCGGGCACAGAAAGAUGGAGAAAGACCUAAAAUUAGUUUCAGUAACAUCAUAUCAGAUAUGAAAGUAGCCAAGUCUGCCACAGCAAGAACUAGUACCAGACCAGUGCAUCAGAUUCAGUUUGAUGAAGGAACUGAUGAUUUUGUUGCCCAGGAGAAGGCCACCGAUCUUAGAAAAAGUUUUAGGAAAAAUAUAUUCAAGGGGAAGAGACUUAAUAUUUUUGACCCCAAGGCAGUAACCGAAGAGGCACCUGAAACAGAGGCAGGACCUUCUCUUUGGGAUAUAGAAUUUGCUAAGCAGUUAGCUGCAGUCACUGAACAACCCUUUCAGAAUGGUUUUGAAGAGAUGAUCCAGUGGACAAAAGAGGGGAAAUUGUGGGAGUUCCCAAUAAACAAUGAAGCAGGUUUUGAUGAUGAUGGUUCAGAAUUUCAUGAGCAUAUAUUUCUGGAUAAAUACUUAGAAGAUUUUCCAAAACAAGGACCAAUUCACCAUUUCAUGGAGCUGGUGACCUGUGGCCUUUCCAAAAAUCCGUAUCUGAGUGUUAAACAGAAGGUUGAACACAUAGAGUGGUUUAGAAAUUAUUUUAAUGAAAAACGGGACAUUCUAAAAGAAAGUGGCAUACAGUUCAAUUGAAGAUCAUGGACAUUUUUAUUUCAGGCUGUUGGAGAUUCGUAUUAUAACUAAAUAAAAUUUUACGGGAAGUUUUCCUA